AUGCCUAUCAGCGCCAACGACGCUGCUCCCGGAGCUGCCAUGAAGGCUGAGAUCCAGGACUACGCCAACGCCCUGGAGGUGUUGAAGUCCUACACUACCCCCGAUGGUUUGGACGCUGACACCCUGCUUGACUCUGACAAGCACGGUGCUUUGACCUACAACGAUUUCCUGAUCCUCCCCGGUUACAUCGGUUUCGCUGCCCACGAGGUUGACCUGACCACCCCCGUCACUAAGCGUAUCUCGCUGAAGGCACCCCUUGUGUCCUCCCCGAUGGACACUGUCACCGAGCACAACAUGGCUAUCCACAUGGCCCUGCUCGGUGGUCUUGGUGUGAUUCACCACAACUGCUCCCCCGAGGACCAGGCCGAGAUGGUCCGCAAGGUCAAGAGAUACGAGAACGGUUUCAUCCUGGACCCCGUUGUCCUCUCUCCCACCGCCACCGUCGGUGAGGCCAAGGAGCUCAAGGCCAAGUGGGGAUUCGGUGGCUUCCCUGUCACUGAGAACGGAACCCUCCGCUCCAAGCUCGUUGGUAUGGUCACCUCCCGUGAUAUUCAGUUCCACCGUGAGCUGAACGAUCCCGUGACUGCCAUCAUGGCCACGGAUCUUGUUACUGCCCCUGCCGGUACCACCCUGCAGGAGGCUAACGAGGUUCUCCGUCAGUCCAAGAAGGGCAAGCUCCCCAUUGUUGACUCCAACGGUAACAUCGUCUCUUUGCUUUCCCGCUCUGAUUUGAUGAAGAACCUCCACUACCCCCUCGCCUCCAAGUUGCCCGACUCUAAGCAGCUCAUCUGUGCCGCCGCUAUCGGUACUCGUGAGGAGGAUAAGUCCCGCCUCAAGCUCCUUGUUGAGGCUGGCCUUGACAUUGUUAUCCUGGACAGCUCCCAGGGUAACAGCAUGUACCAGAUCGAGAUGAUCAAGUACGUCAAGAAGACCUUCCCUGAGAUUGAUGUUAUCGGCGGAAACGUCGUUACCCGUGAGCAGGCUGCUGCUCUGAUCUCUGCCGGUGUCGAUGGCCUGAGAAUUGGCAUGGGCUCCGGUAGUGCCUGUAUCACCCAGGAGGUCAUGGCUGUUGGCCGUCCCCAGGCCGCCGCCGUGCGCAGCGUUGCUUCAUUCGCCGCUCGCUUCGGUGUCCCCUGUAUUGCCGACGGUGGUGUCCAAAACAUUGGUCACAUUGUCAAGGGUCUGGCCAUGGGUGCCAGCACUGUCAUGAUGGGUGGUCUCCUUGCCGGUACCACCGAGUCCCCUGGCGAGUACUACGUCAGCAACGAGGGUCAGCUCGUCAAGGCCUACCGUGGUAUGGGCUCCAUCGCCGCCAUGGAGGACAAGAAGGCCGGCAACGGUGCCAAGGACAGCAAGGCCAGCAACGCUGGUACCGCUCGCUACUUCUCCGAGAAGGCCAACGUACUUGUUGCCCAGGGUGUCGCUGGCUCAGUCCUCGACCGUGGCUCCGUCACCAAGUUCAUUCCUUACCUCGUUGCCGGUAUCCAGCACUCUCUGCAGGAUAUUGGUCGACCCAGUCUGACCGCUAUGCACCAAGGUGUCAACGAUGGCACUGUCCGCUUCGAGAUGCGUAGUGCCAGCGCCAUGACUGAGGCUAAGGAAGGUGGACAGAAGAAGCAGCCCGCGGUACCCCGUCCCAGUUCCAGUGUAUUACUUGUCUCUUCAAAGAACGAGAUCCUUCUCCUUCAUCGCGUCCAGACAUCUAGCUCUUUCGCCUCUGCCCAUGUCUUCCCAGGCGGCAACCUAUCCACCCAAGACGGGCCAUGUCCUCCACCAGAAGAUUCAGCAAGGCACGAGGACUCACCUAGCUAUAGACGUGCAGCGAUUAGAGAGCUCUUUGAAGAGAGUGGAAUCCUCCUCGCAAUUGACCGGACCUCAGGGAAAAUGCUCGCCGUUGACGAACCUACCCGGGAGGCUGGCCGGAAACUAAUCCAUCAGAACAAGGUCACAUUUGAGGAGUGGCUUAAGCAGCAGAAUCCCAAUGCCGAGCCUGAUCUAGAUCAAUUGAUCCCGUUCACGCGUUGGGUUACACCUACUAACGUUCCUAAGCGAUACACCACUCAGAUGUAUCUAUAUUUCUUACCCUUGCCUGCAAAUGUGGACAAGAAUCUUCUCGCUGAACUGCCUGCAGAAGGCGAACGCGAUGAGCUCGAGGUCCCCACUAGUGAUGGGGGGAUUGAAGUUACAGAGGCGCAGUUCCUUCCCGCAUCGGCGUGGAUCAGCCGUGCGCAGAAGGCAGAGAUCAUUCUCUUCCCGCCACAGUUCCUUCUCUUGCAUCUGGUAUCAGGCUUCCUAGACAAGGAGCCUCGAGCAUGUGCUUCUCUUGAGGAUAUGGAGAAACGCCGUCAAGCGCUCGUCGAAUUUGUACAUUCGGGAUCUCCGCCUUGGACGCAGAAGUGUAUAUCUCCGACCAUGAUUCAGAUGACUAGUGAUGGGAGGGCUGUCCUGGCCCUUGAUAAACCUGGGCCUGAGUUGAAAGGGUCAGGCAAGCGGGGCGAAUCUGAUAGAGUUGUUCUUGUGCGGUUUAAGAAGGGCAGUGCGAGAGAAGUGGCUAUUGGGUGGAAGAAGGAAAUUCUUGAACAAGAACGGGAAAAGAGCAAUCUUUAG